CGGUGAUUGUUUUUGUUGACCAUGAUGUGUGAUACCAACUGGUGUACAUUUUGUGAUAGUGCUAUCAGUCCAUAUUCGGAUUCAUUGUAUUGCUCACAUGAAUGUCUCAAGCAAGACGCUCUAUUGCAUCACCCAAUGUUGGGCUACGAUUUCUCAGACUUGGGUGGAUUUCCUCAUGUGAAUAUAAAGUCCGCCCAGCCCACGGAAGAGCCUUCAUACGUUGUGUCCAAUCCCAAUCACCCUCACCACCUCGCCAUGACCUCAUCCGCAUCCUCGUCACCUAUUUUCUCGGCCUGUUCCUCGUUUUCGUCUUCAUCGUCGUCCUGUUCGCAGAUGAUGUUUUCCUAUCCCUUUGACCAGAUCACUCCUUCGUAUUACUUGUGCGAUAAAACCCAGAAAUCCAUGCAUCACGCCAACGUCGCCGUCUCUUCAUAACGAUACGCAAGGAAAAAUUCAUUCAACCGAUCAUUUAUUUAUUAUUCAAACCGUCCCCCCCAAAAAACUCCUCAAGUCACAUCUUUGAUUUUGUAAAUAUUUCGUUAAUCCUCUUUUGUAAUUUCAACAAUACAACACCUUGAGACAUGACACAAGACAUUGUGUAUCUGUUUUGAUGUUUUAUACCAAAAAUACCCAACAUGUUUGUUCAAACCCUAACACAACCAUCUAAUAAAAAAACUUGAAAACAAUAUCUGUAUGUUAUUGCGAAUAACCAAGUGGCAGUAAUCUGUGGGAUUACUGUGUAUUGCAUAUUUUGUUUAAUGUAACAUAAUGACAUCACCCGAAAAGAUGUGCAGCUGUCAUUACCAAAGGAUCAAAGGGUGAAGUACGAGAACCCAGAUAGUUGUUUAUUUUUUGUGACGAGCAAUUAU